GUCGGUGGAGGCUUUGUAUAAGACAGCUGGAAAGCUAGAACGCGAGCAUGUGUGUGGCGCCGAGUCUGUGCGCAGGACAUUCACGCGUUUAACGGGAUUAGUCUCUGAUUGCUUGCGGGACAUUCACGCGCUUAACGUGUUUAGUCUCCGGCUCCUUUCUCUCUUUUUUGGGGCUGAGUCGCGCGAAUCUCGCGCCAUCGGUUUUGCAGCGCCGCAAGGACCCGUGCGCUCCGACAUGACAGAAGACAAGACCGUGCGCCCCCACGAGCCCGACGGAGAGAAGGUGGCGGAGGAGAAGAGCGCGGGGCCCGGUAACGGCACGGGCCGAGUGUCUGCCGAGCCCGGGUUCGUCCACCCCGAGGGCGGCUGGGGCUGGGUGGUCAUGCUCGCCUCCAUGUGGUGCAACGGCUCCGUGUUCGGGAUCCAAAACUCCUUCGGCAUCUUGUACGUGGCGUUACUCAACGAGUUCGGGUCCGAGGAGGACUUAGACCUCCAGUUCAGGACAGCUUGGGUAGGCUCUCUCUCUAUGGGAAUGAUCUUUUUCUGUUCUCCGAUCGUGAGUGUGUUCACUGAUCUGCUGGGCUGCAGGAUCACAGCAGUGGGAGGAGCUGCUGUCGCCCUCGUGGGCUUGCUGGCCAGCUCCUUCAUCAGGUCUCUGGGGGCCCUCUACUUCACCUAUGGCUUGGUGUUUGCGUGCGGCUGCUCCUUCGCCUACCAGCCCAGCCUGGUGAUCCUGGGUCACUACUUUAAGCGGCGUCUGGGUCUGGUGAACGGCAUCGUGACGGCGGGCAGCAGUGUGUUCACCAUCCUGCUGCCCCUGCUGAUGUCCAAGUUGCUGAAGCAGCUGGGACUGUCGCACACACUGCGCGUGCUAUGUGGCCUCAUGUUCGUGCUGAUGCUGGCAAGCCUCACCUAUCGGCCCCUCCUGCCCCGGACCCCCGACACCGGCAAGAACACCGGACGCUGCUCCGCCCUGCGCAGGGUCUUCAACGUCUACAUUUGGAGGAGUUUGGGAUACCGCAUCUGGGCUUUCGGCGUCCCGGCCGCCCUCUACGGGUACUAUGUGCCCUACGUUCACCUGAUGAAGCAUGUAGAGGAACGCUUUGGCCCUGACGCAAAUAAGGAAGUUCUCCUCAUGUGUAUCGGCGUCACAUCUGGAAUUGGGAGACUCAUCUUCGGCCACAUGGCCGACUACGUACCUGGGGUUUACAAGGUGUUCCUGCAGGUGGCGUCGUUCCUAGUGAUUGGCCUCAUGUCCAUAAUGAUUCCUGUGUGUAAGAUCUUCGGUGGGUUGGUCGCCGUGUGUCUGCUCAUGGGGCUGUUUGACGGCUGCUUCAUCUGCAUCAUGGCGCCCAUCGCCUUCCAGCUCGUGGGCUCCCAGAAUGUCUCCCAGGCUAUCGGCUUCCUGCUCGGAAUGAUGUCCGUCCCCAUGGUUGUAGGGCCCCCUGUGGCAGGGUUCCUGCGUGACCGCCUGGGCAACUAUGAUGUGGCGUUCUACCUGGCAGGUAUUCCGCCCAUCAUAGGGGGGGCGGUGCUGUGUCUGAUCCCGUGGGUGGAGUCAAGGCCAAAGAGAAGACACGCGGAGGUGGCUGGGGAGGCCAAGGAGGCGGAGGCCGCCAUGCUGGAGACCACACCCACCACACACACCCUGAAGAACAAUGAGCCAGAGCCUGUCAUCUGAGCCGCACACACACGCACACGCACACACACGCACAUGCAUGCACACACACACACACAGGCUUCACGGAAUCGAUCAUCGGACUAGUGCACACACCACAGAAAUUGUCAUUUGAGUAAAAAACACACACACACACACACACACACACACACACACACACAGCAGAGAAGCACAGGAGACAAAUUUGAAUCUAAAACAGCACUACGCGCACUUAACCUCUUCCACACCACACCAACGCUCCAGACCACAGUAGCACAUGGGAUUACGGGGAAUGUUUCAGAUGGAACUGAGGUCUGAUUGAGAAAAAGUGCCGGUAUGUGCGUUGUUUGUUUGUUAAGGUCCUUGUUUGUUUGUUUAACAUUUUUAUUUAGUUUAAUGUUUUAAGUUUUAGAGCUAAAACAAUUCGUCAGAUAUGUUAAUCUGCUAAUUCAGCUCCAUAUAUUUAGGAUUUAGUUCUUAAUUUGGUUUCUUAAAUGAUUUAAAAAAGUCCCUCUAGAAUUAGAACAGAUCAAAGUACAGGAAAGUUACAAUAUUAAUUCCUCAAGUGUUCAUUUGAGUUGGGCUUAGUCCCUAAGUGUUCAUUUGAGUUGGGCUUAGUGCCUAAAUGUUCAUUUGAGUUGGGCUUAGUGCCUAAAUGUUCAUUUGAGUUGGGCUUAGUGCCUAAGUGUUCAUUUGAGUUGGGCUUAGUGCCUAAAUGUUCAUUUGAGUUGGGCUUAGUCCUUAAGUGUUCAUGUGAACCCGUGUCUUCUGACUUGUCAAGUGCACAGACAAUGUCAGUAUGUGUUCACUUGACUCAAGCCUGACAGUGUGCGUACUGAUCUCACAUGUCUUGACCACGUGUGUUCUGACCUCGGGUGUGUUGAUCUCACGUGUCCUGACUAGGUCCUGCAAUAGGUUCUUUUUUUCUAUGCAAUAUGAACAUGAAGGUUCAAGCUGAUUGUCUUGCACAACAGAUGAAAGUGACAUUGACACUUUAGUUGCCACGGGGAGUGUUGCUGUAGAAAUGCGUUUAUGGAUUCCCGUGGCUGACGUGCCAGGCCGAUGUCAGGAUGUAAGAGCCAUAGUUCAUCUGUAACAGGAAGUGGAGGGUCAUCGUGCCUUUUUGUGUAGGAAGUGGUUUAUAAGGGCUGUAAACGUGUAAAAGUGGCACGUGACAUAGCAGAAUGCAUGCGCAGAGAGAACCAAUCUCACUCACACAGAGCAUCCGUCUAUCACACUAACAUUUAUAUAAACACAGAGACACAUGUCUAAUUAGAUUAACUGAAGCUUGUAGUGAUUCCUGGUUUUGUCUUGAUUUGUCGUGUACAAUCUGAAUGUGUGUGUUGCUGUUCCCUCUCAACAAUGCUCGGCCCACAGGUUCAGUGAUGUAAUCUACCUCAAUCACUGUAGCUCUGGACAUAUUUGCAUCCAGAAGGGUUCAGUAGCAUUUUGGCAGAGCUGGUUGUCGUUAGAAACCUGAGUCCACUGCAGCUCCUCACCCAGUUUCCUUUUCUUUGUGUUUGGUUUAUCUUUUGUUUGUUUUGGUUUAUCUUUUGUUUGGUUUGUUUAUUUAUUUUUAAGCACUUUUUGAUAACGGAUCAGUCUCUUUUGUCCUGUGCGUGCGUACAAUCAGUAUUAAUACUCUGCAGCCCUGUACAAAGAGACUCCGCGAGCCAGCUUGGGUUUUUGUUUAGUUCUGUUAGGGGCUUUGUUUUGUUUUUUAGCAAACGAGGAAAUCAAACUAAAGGUGUAACGCAAGAGUGAAAUGCCACGAGGUUGUGUUUUUGGAAUAAGCACACUAAACUUUCAGGAAAAUAUUGUAAAAGAAAAACAAAGAUAAACUAUCACUUAUUUUUGGCCUUAAAAUCCUUUGCAAAUGUAACUUGCUGUAAUUUGAACACACUCGUUUGUACUGCGGUAAAAUAUUCUGAUAUUCGCAAUGGCAAUAUUUAAUGCUCAUGUAGUUUUCUGUUUGUGUGUGUGCCUCCAGCGCAUGCUGACGUGAGCUUUGUUAUUUAAUUUGCAGUGGAAUGAACUGAACUGUGUGGGUUUGUAGGUGCUGGCCUAUCAGGACGUCAUCCUGAGAGAUCCUCGGAAAGGCGGGACAGGCCUCGAGUUUAAUAUGUUUCUAGACAAAGUCUCCUUUUGUACUGACGUCUAGCACUGCUAAUCCAAGAGCGUCUUCCUCACGUGCUUCUGGUUUCGCAGCUUUGGUCUGUAUUGACAUGAAAUCCUGGAUAUGAUCUUGAUAUCAGGACACAUGGACUUCAACGCUACUUGGUCACUUCCUCAGGUAACGGCGCACAGGAAACACCUGCUCACGCCAUUAGCUUCCUCACAGAAGGCCUGGCGAAUGUUUCUGUCCAAAGAAUGUUUAUUUUAGUGAUCAUAGGAGACACUGUGACCAAAGCAACAGCACCGGCUGAGAAACUGUUGUGUAGCCUAUAUUGAACUAGAAUGUCUUACCAAAGUGAACUUUGCUUUUUCUUUGUAUUAAAGUUGUAUUAAAUUAACAGUGAUGACCAAACUUCACUGAAGUGAUACAGUUGAAUAACAUGAGAAAAGUCGCUUUGUUCAGUAUUUUUCUAUUCAAAAAAAUCAUGAAAUUCAUUGUUGAGCAGAACUAACGUAUAGCCACCCGCUCCUUUUAAAAUGUUUAGUUUAUAGCUAGCACACUGUAUACAUACAUACAUACAUACAUACAUACACUAUAAUUAUAUAUAUAUAUAAAUAUAAAAUGUCUUAUACACACUGCAUGAUUUUAGUUAAUUUUGUAUGAACAACACAAUAAAGGAAAUAUGUUUAUGAAC